GAUGCAAGCCACGCUCUGCCCACUAUUGAGCGCUGCGGUGGAAUCCACAAGUACCUAGCUGCGCGUCCCAGGAUCCCGGUGCACUUCAAGUCAUCGGGUCUGAGUAUCUCGCACAACUUCAUGGCCCCCACAAGAGUUAUUCCCUCCACGCUUGCGAGCGCAGUGAUCGAAAGCGUAACAUACGGCGCGUUCCUCAUCAUAGGAUCCACAUCUAUAUGGCUACUCUGGACCUAUAAUUGGAACCGGGCCAGAAGAACAGCCACUCGACAGCCCUCGUUUGCGCGAGGGAUUCCUCUUAUAGUGGCGGGUGUUUGUCUGCUAGUGGGGACAACCGCCCAUUGGAUCAUUAGCGUAGUGCGCCUGUUUCAAGCGCUUGUGACAUACAAAGGAGGCGCAAAUCCCGAAGAAUACUUCGACGAGUAUCUAGAUAAACCAUUUGCGAUAGCGAAUGCCGUGCUCUUGUUCCUCUGCGUAUUCGUAACUGAUGCAGUUUGCGCAUAUCGCCUCUGGAUCAUCUGGGCCUUCAGGAAGACGGUCGUCAUUUUCCCGCUAUGUGCUCUGGUGGUUUUUGCAGUAUGCGGCAUACGUGCCGUAUAUGAAACGGGCCACAUGCGGAACACCUUUAGUGAAUUACAAACGGCGCAGUGGAAGUGGGCCUCGGCCGCGUUUGCUAGUCAUCUGUGUCUCAAUAGCUACUGCACAGCACUCAUCGUUGGCAAGCUCCUGGCUUCGCAAUGUAAUCUCACCAAGGCCGGCCUUCAGUCCGAUGCCACGCAACUGAUCACGGCACUUAUCGCUGUCUUCAUCGAGAGCGCGAGUAUAUACACAGGAUGGGCCAUCUUCUACUGCGUAUCCUACGAAGUACAAAGUCUCGGGCGCUUCAUAGCGCGCGAUUGCUCGCCUGCUGUUGCGGGCAUCGCAUUCGGGCUCAUCAUUGUCCAGGCUCGCUUGACUUGGCCACAGAAAACAGCACGAGACAGAAGCACAGUCGACGCUCUCGAGUUUGCCUCUCAUCACACACGCCACACAUCUGAUGUGUUCACUUCGAUCGCAAUCAAUGUGAACGCUGCCGUACGGGAGGCUGAGGAGGAUGGCCAGCAUGACACAUCAAAGGGAACACUAGAGCCUCUCCGAAUCCUGCUUGACGAGUUUUAGGCCAGUCGUGACUAGGAGCAUCGCGUGUACGCAUACUGCAAUAAAAUGCAGCGCUGUCCCAUCGAGCAUCCGAGGGUCUGAGCUGCGUAACGAAUGUAGUGGCUGGAUGUCGGGACGUGGCGAUGACCAUC